GGGAGAUACAUGACAUGCUAGUACUGUCGUAAAGAAAGAAUACGGCAAGUUGCUCCACCCACAAAUUCAGCCAUUCAAACAGGAAGAUGGCUGCCUCGUUGAUUUGUAGCGAGACAUCAAGCAGGGUGAGUUCUGUACUGAACAGAGAUGUCAAACAGUUCGGGAAGAAGUACAUGUUUGACUCUAAUGAAGAGACGUGUUGGAACUCUGAUCAGGGCGAUCCCCAGUGGGUGGUCCUAGAGUUUCCCCAGCCAGUUAAGAUCUCGGAAGUGAAGCUCCAGUUCCAAGGCGGAUUUUCAGGGAAAAAUUGCAGAAUGGAAGGGUGUAUGAAAGAAGCAGAAUUUGAAAAGUUCUCAGAUUUUUAUCCAGAAGACAAUAACUCCAUGCAGGUCUUUCCCAUUCAGGAAGCCCCCUUGGCACAGAAAUUAAAAAUAGUUUUUGAGAACAGUACGGACUUCUUUGGGAGGAUAAUUGUUUAUUCCUUGGACAUCCUGGGAGAGAGAGUUUGAUUGUGUUUGCUUUUCUGGAGGGGGAAGGAGAGAGAUGGUGUGGGACUGAGAUGACGAAAGAGCCGGAGAGCACUUUGAGAUGUGUCCUCAUAUCCGCUCCUGUGCCAAAACAACGAAACGGGCCUUUUAUGGAAAGGGCACAUCAAGUGGAUACCCUGCUUUUAUCCCCCCCCCCCCCCUUUUUUUGGGGGGUAACAGAAUUUUCUUAAGUCUUACGGGUGCCUUAAUUCUAGGGAUGUUAAGAGAUAAGAAGAUAAAAGCAAUUGCGUUUACAGUUGUAUUUAAACCAUAAUUGUAUUACAUAUUCAUAUAGCUGUGACUGGAGACCUGUCCGGGUUGUAUUCCUGCCUCUCACCCAGUGCAUGCUGGGAUGGGCUCCAGCCCCUCUGUCACCCUGACGGGGAAAAAGCCGCUUAGAUAUUGGAUGGACAGAUGCUCUUGUUUAUAUCUUACCUCAGAUACUGUGCACAAAAACGCACAAACUUCCCUUUUCUCCUCCAUUGUCACUUUAUUCGUUUUGCCUUUUCAUCAGUGGACCUGGAUUUCAUUUUCAGUCAGAAAUGUACAAUCAUUCAACAGUGUACCGGGGUUUCCUUCUCUGUAAGAGAGUUCCAACCCCCCAAAAUGAUCCCAAAUAUAUAUAUAAUACAUGCAUAAAAAAAUAUAUUUACAUUAGUACUAGUGCAAACAUUGAAAUGCCUGUCCCUGCUGAAAAGGAAUAUUUGGGGCUUCUCCAUGUCGUCUGAGAGACGCCUGCCCCAGGCCUUCAUCUGAGAGACGCCUGCUCCAGGCCUCCGUCGUUACCCAUAGUGCAUUGCGGUGGUCGUGUAGGGGCCGGCGGAGGCUCUCCCUUCAUCCGGGCAGCCCAGCUGAGGACGUUCUCACACAGGGGAGGACACACUCCCUCCUGGCCUCACGGUCCUGCUUCAGGCCUUUUGCUUCAGCAGUGUCAGAAUGUGCUCCUCAAUCACCUUUUGGACUGAGAACAGAGAGCGGCACUAGUUUCUGAUCCGGCGGUCGUGGUCUCCAACAGAUGUAGAGCUUACGUACAUCAGUGUAACAGUUAUGCUCAUUUUCAGUCUUUUUUCCUGACUUGAAGACCAAAUUUGCCAGUUUAACUUGAUGAUGAAAAAAUAAAAAAUCUCACCAAACAGUUA